AAUCAGAGUAUUGAUGAAAUAACUAGCAGGACGCCUUCAGCUUUUGCCUCUGUCAACAAAAGUUUCUCAAUUGUAAGCCAGGUUUCCACAUCAAAGCAGCGAAGUCAUAUUAAUAUCAAUGUCUAAGCAAAGGUUGGAAGGCAAGGUUGCAAUUGUGACCGGGGGAGCAAGUGGAAUAGGAGCAGAAGCAGCGAGGUUAUUUGUGGAAAAUGGUGCAUUUGUUGUUAUAGCAGAUGUUAACGAUGAAUUGGGGCUUCAAGUUGCAAGUUCCAUUGGCGUAGACAAGGUGAGUUACCAUCACUGCGACGUUAGAGACGAGAAACAAGUUGAAGAAACCGUUGCUUUCGCUAUCAAGAAAUAUGGAAGCCUAGAUAUCAUGUUCAGUAACGCUGGAAUUGCAGGCUCUUUCUAUAAAAUACUUGAUUUGGAUUUGAAUGACUUUGAUAACACAAUAGCUGUGAAUGUUCGUGGAGCAGCGGCGUGUAUUAAAUACGCGGCACGUGUCAUGGUGGAACGAAAGACACGUGGCUCCAUAAUUUGCACUGCUAGUACAGCUUCUGUGGUUGCACUUGGUGGCGAUUCAGCUCCUUAUGGUUAUAACACAUCCAAACAUGGUCUUUUGGGUCUUGUGCGUUCCACGUGUGGUGAGCUUGGAGCUUAUGGGAUUAGGGUCAAUUCGAUUUCACCUUCUUAUUUGGCCACUCCUUUGGCAUGUGACGCUCUUGGUAUGGAAGCAAGCGAAGUUGAAAGUGCUGUUGUUGCUGGUGCCAAUUUGCAGGGGAUUGUGUUGAAGCCAAUUCAUGUUGCACAAACGGCUUUGUUUCUUGCUUCUGAUGAAUCUGCUUAUAUUAGUGGACACAAUUUGGUCGUUGACGGAGGUUUGUUAGCCGUUAAUAGCCUUGUUUCAAAAAGUAAUUGAGAAUCUCGCAAUAUGCCAAUAUAUAAGAAUUUCAAUUUUCGGAAGUUUAAAUUUUACUUUAGAGAGUAAAGAGUAAAGUGUGAUCUUCUAUUUUUGAAUAGUUUUUCUUUUAUAUUUAUUAUUGGUCCCACUUAUAAAAUCAAUAGUGAGAGAUCACACUUUAUUCUCUAAAGUGAAAUUCAAAUUUUAGAGGAUCCAAAUCCUAUAUAUUGAGUGCUAAGCCAAACAGAUUUUGUAAUUUAUAAUAAUCAAUUAAUCAUUAUUAUCAAUGUUUUUGAUGGUAUGAAAUUAAUUGAUUAUUAUACACUAUUAGA